CUGUGUCUCGACAGACGGACACAAAAGCUGAAGAGUCAUCCGAAAAACACAAGACAGUUUCUUUGAAAGCUUGAAUUUAGGCAGGUGAAACGAUUUCAGAAUGAGGGACGUCGCGAAAUAUCUGAGCUCUAAGCAAAACACUGUGGAUCAAGAAUUAGCCGCCGAAUGGGCCAAGCUAGAGAGCCUUUACAACAAGAAAUUAUGGCACCAACUCACCAUCGAGAUGCUCGAUUUUGUCAACCACCCGAGCCUUCAGUCUAAUAACGAACUCGUCCAGCUUUACGAAAACUUCGUGGCUGAUUUUGAGAACAAAAUCAAUCUUCUCUCACUGACAGAGAUAUGUGCUAUCAUUGUGAAACAAAUGGGAACUCCCGAGGAGCGGUUAGCCUUCCUCAAGCAGCUUCAAGAAAAAGUGAAGGCAAAUAAGGAGGCAUCAGCUCUCUGCAAAGUUCUGAGUGGAGGCAUCAUUUUACAUGAAAAAGGAGACCAGGCUGAAACAAAGAAUAUCAUGGAAGAAAUUGGAAAAAUUCUUGACGAGACAGAUGGUGUUACCCCAGUCCAUGGAAGAUACUAUUCCCUUUGCAGUGACUUUUACCGUAUUCAUGGGAAGCAUGCCGAUUUUUACCGUGCAUCUUUGAGGUAUCUGGGUUGCAUUGAGCUUACAAGUUUGAGUGCUGCAGAACAAAAGAGCCAAGCUUUUCAUCUUGGCAUUGCUGCCUUGCUUGGAGAGGGAAUUUACAACCUUGGGGAAUUGUUGGCACAUCCUGUCUUGGAAUCACUGAAAAACCAGGAAGAAAGCUGGCUGGUGGACCUGUUGUUUAUAAUGAAUGCUGGUGACAUUGCAGGUUUUCACAAACUAAGACCAAAAUGGUCAUCGCAGGCAGACCUCGUCACAAAUGAACGUCUUGUGUUGCAGAAGAUUACGCUUCUAGCACUCAUGGAGAUGACUUUCAAGCGUCCGGCGACAAAACGUAAUUUGUCAUUCAAAGAUAUCGCUGCUACCACGGGUGCAAGAGAAGAUGAGGUUGAAUUACUCGUGAUGAAAGCUUUGGCGCAAGGUCUUCUAAAGGGUACCAUCGACCAAGUCGACUCAACUGCACAUUUCACCUGGGUCCAACCGCGUGUCCUUGAUAAAACACAGCUUUCUUCUAUGAUGACACGAUUGGAGAACUGGUGUAAAGAUAUUGAAUCAGUGGAAACUCUGGUUGAAACUAAAGCAAACGACAUAUUAACCAUGUAAGAUCAGACUAUCCCGUUUUCCAUGAAUAAACCUGUUUGAAAAACGU